UCUUGAUGAAAAGUCCCUCCCUGGCUUCCUCGUAGCCCCUUCAGACCCUGGAAGGUGCUGUGAGGUCUCCACACCACCUUCUCUUCUCUGGGCUGAGCAAUCCCAGCUCCCAGCCUGGCUCCACAGGGGAGGGGCUGCAGUCCAGAGCUGCUCCCGGAGUUCCAUGUCCCGUAUGCUGGGGGCGCCAGGACUGUGUGCAGAGCUCCAAGUGGGGUUUCACACGGAUACAGACACAUCCACACAUUGUCCAUGCUUCUGGUGGCAGCUGAAUCUCUGCCUAGCAGGGACGGAGCCGCCACCUCCCCAUAUCGUGGAUGCUCAGCUUUCCCCGGCACAAUCCUUCCCUCCUCCCUUCCUCACUGAGCAAAUGAGUUCACUUAACAGAAAUCCAUCUUUCUGCUUCCCAGGUGGGACGGCUGCAGACGGGAUCUGCCUGGCAGGAGCCCUCGUCCCUCCAGGCCAGGGAAAGGGCCAGAGGGCUCAGCAGGGUGGGAGUCCAGCUGCACCCUGCUUCGGUACAGUGUAACCCUCGUGCUCUCUGGGUAAACUGAGGCGAGCUGCUGUCCUUCCUGCCCGUGCCAGAGCGAUCUCAAAGGGCAGGCAUGGCGAGAGGGCUCAGCCACAGGGAGGAGUUCUCCUCCGGGCCGUACCCAAAGGGCUCUGUGACAUCCUUCCCUCGGGAAAGCAGCAGCUCCGCACCCGCAGCAGCCCAGCCUGGCGAGGAAGAGGAGGCACCGCACGUUCGGAUUUCUCUCGCCGCCUCCCCGGCGCGCAGAUCCGGAGCAGGGGAAAGCACCCGCCGAGCUCUCCGGUGCCUCCCGAGGGGCUCCGAGCCGCGGUCCCCGCGGUCCCCGGGGCGGUGCGGGCGCGGCUGCGGCGGGAGGUGGGGAGGAGGGAGCGGGCCCGGUGCCCGCCGCCGCCCGGGCGUCCCUCUCCGCCGCUUCCUUUAGGUGGCACCUCUCCUCCAGGAAUGAGGCUCCCGGCUCCGCGCAGCCCUGCCCGGGCCGCGGCCGCGCACCGCGGGGGCUCCGCCACGGAGCCACCGCCGUCGGAGCGGCCCCUCCUCCCCUCGCCAGCCCGUGCCCGGCUCCCCCGUCCUCCCGCUCACUCCUCCAGCCAGUAAAUCCGAUCUAGGCUGAUUCCUCUCACGUCAAACCACAUGAUCCCAUAAAACAUUCAUCGCCUCUCCGUCCCCGCUCGCUCGCCGCUCGCUCCCGGGAUACAGCGCAGCCGGCUCCGCUCCCCGCCGCGGAUCCGCCGCAGCCCCGGCCCCUGCGUGCGGCGGGCGGGCGGGCCGAGGAGGAGGAGGCAGCCGAGGCGAGGCGAGGCGAGGCGAGGCAGGGAGGGGGAGCCUCGCCUGGAUGCUGACUCCAGCUCGGGGGCUGCUCAUUCCCCCGAUGAGCGAGGGCACCGGGAGCGCCCCCCCCCUCCCCGUGCGCCGCCGCUCCCCGCUCGGGCUGAAGUUUGGCUCCGGGAUCUGCCCCGCUUUCCCAAGGAUUGUACUGCUGCCGCUCCACUUUGCGCCUCCGGACGUGCCUUCCCCGGCCCCUAAGAUGAAGAGGGCGACAGCUGAAGGAAGCAAACUGCUGAUUUUGGUGCUUUGCUUGAACAUCCCAUCAGGAGUGGAGUCCUGCCCCGGGGCGUGUGUAUGCUACAGUGAACCCAAGAUCACCAUCAGCUGCCAGCAGCAGGGGCUGACAGCCAUCCCCACCGAGAUCCCCAUCCAGAGCCAGCGCAUCUUCCUGCACAACAACCGGAUAACUCUGGUGAGGGCCACCAGCUUCACCUCCUGCCGCAACAUGACCAUCCUGUGGAUCCACUCCAACAACAUCAGCCUCAUCGAGCCCGGGGCCUUCUACGGGCUCACCAAGCUGGAGGAGCUGGACCUCAGCGACAACACGAACCUGAAAUCCAUCAACCCUGUCACCUUCCGGGGGCUCGUGCACCUCCACACCCUCCACCUGGAUCGCUGCGGGCUCCUGGAGCUCUCCACAGGGCUUUUCCGAGGGUUGUUCUCCUUGCAGUACCUCUACCUUCAGGAUAAUAACCUCCAGAUCCUGCUGGACGACACCUUCAUUGACCUGGCGAACCUCACGUACCUGUUUUUGCACGGGAACAAGAUCAAGAGCUUGUCGGAGAACGUCUUCCGCGGGCUGAUCAACCUAGACCGCCUGCUGCUGCACCAGAACAGGGUGAGCGUGGUGCACCGGCGCGCCUUCCAUGACCUGGGGAAGGUGAUGACCUUGUACCUGUUCAACAACAACCUGACCGUGCUCACGGGGGACACCAUGGCCCCCCUGGUGUCCCUGCAGUACCUGCGCCUCAACGGCAACCAGUGGAUCUGCGACUGCCAGGCCCGCUCGCUCUGGAAUUGGUUUAAGCAGUUCAAGGGCUCCUCCUCGGAGCUGGAGUGCCACCUGCCCCCUCGCCUAGCAGGGCGGGACCUCAAGCGGCUGCAGAGCUCCGAGCUGGACAGCUGCGUGGACUCCUUCAACCAGAUCCGCACCAGCAUCUUCAGCACCAAAACCAGGUCGGGGAAGCUCCCGACGGGGCUGCCCCCGCUGGGCUCCCACGACGGCUCCUCCAAGUGCUGCCAGCCAGAGAUGGACAAGUCCUUUAUUUAUGAGGCCAAGGGCAAGGCAGGGCCCUCCUCCCACAGCAGCCGCUCAUCCAACAACCACCUCAAGGAGAAGGAGAACAUGUCCAGGCCCAAGUACAUGGAGACGGACCCUUCCAAAAACGGCAGCAACAAGCAGAUAAAUGAUUCCCCCUUUGGGACCUUCCCCAGCAUUGUAGACCCUCCUUUGACCAAGUUGAGACCCGAAUUUCUAGAGCCCAUUGAACCUUCCACAGUCCCAACCAAAAAGAGGCAGGGCUGCUCUAAAAAGAACAGAUCAAAGGCCCAGUGCCGCCUCACUCAGCAGGGGAACAGCUCCACGUUACAGCUCAGCCUAAGCCUUUUGAUCCCCCCCUUGGUGUGGAGCUUACUGUUAUUCUGCUAAAAUUAACUCUUUUCCUGGGUUGAUGACACUUUAAUACUCGACUUUUGCUGACCUCCAUAAAUGUUGCAAACAAAAGCAGGACUCCCAUCCACCCUGAGAAAGCUUUGUUACACAAAACUUAACUGGAUGCCUUUAUUAAAACAAACAAACAAACAAACAAACAAAAACAAAACAAAAAAGACAAAUGCUGAGAUGUACAUAAUUUAUUUGUCCUGAAACCUGUGAAUUAUACCUUUGGUCUUCGGAACUGCACUUGCCCACAAAGCAGCUUUUGCUACAGCAGAUGGUAAAGAAGUAUGGUUUAUUUACAGGAAAAAAAAAAAAAAAAAGAAGUGUAAGAAAUGCUCUGAAAAGAAUGUCUAAAGUCUGUUUGUAACUCACCAUCUCACUGAACAAUGUUGCAGGUUCCCAUUUGCAGAGGUAAUGGAUUUGAUGCUGUUUUAAUCCUAUGUUGAUGACCCUUGCAGUUUUUCCGUCUCCAUUCCAUCCUUUACACUGCGUUUACGGGCAGCAUUUGUUAAAGAAUGCUGCCUGCCCCUUCACAAGAUUGCAGUAUAUAUAGAUAUGCAUUUUAUUUUACUUGUGUACAAGUAUACAAAAAAAACCUAUAAAAUAAAGAUUUCUUUUUCCUAA